AAUUAUCAUUCAUUCAUAUUGACACAACAAUUAAUUUUUUUAAAGAAAAUAUACAAUUUUUUAAUUUAAUUACAAUAUAGUAUACAAUUAUUAUUUUUUGAUCAAUAUACAAUUAUUAUUGAACUACUAGAAGAUUAUGUUUGAAUGAAUGUCUGAAUUGUUGAACAAACAAUGUGUUGUCAUAAACUAAAAUUAAACAGAAUUCCCUCAUCCUAUGUUUUCUCAAUUCUCUCUCUCUCUCAUUUCUUCUAUCUUCCCUUUCUCAGGAAAAAUAAAUAAGCAAUAGUGUUUUUGUUUCAUCAUUUUGUUCCAAAGAAAGAAAGAAACAUUGUAGUUGUAGUAAUAUGGGAUAUCUCAAUUCUGCUUUGUCAUCUUCAAGUCAGGCUAAAGAUGAUACACCGGCUAGCGGCGGCGGUCUUAGUCACAAUGGAAAGUUUAGCUAUGGGUAUGCUAGCUCGGCUGGCAAGAGAUCUUCAAUGGAAGAUUUUUAUGAGACAAGAAUUGAUGGUGUUGAUGGUGAAACCGUUGGCCUUUUCGGAGUCUUCGAUGGUCAUGGAGGUAUUCGUGCUGCUGAGUAUGUUAAGAAAAACUUGUUCAGUAAUUUGAUCAGUCACCCAAAAUUCAUUUCUGACACCAAAUCAGCAAUAUCUGAUGCAUAUAAUCAUACCGACAAUGAAUAUCUGAAAUCAGAAAACAAUCAUCACAAAGAUGCCGGAUCUACUGCAUCUACUGCCAUUCUUGUUGGUGAUCGUUUGCUUGUUGCAAAUGUUGGAGACUCCAGGGCUGUUAUAUGCAGGGGUGGUAAAGCAAUUGCCGUUUCUCGAGAUCAUAAGCCAGACCAAACAGAUGAGAGGCAAAGGAUUGAAGAUGCAGGAGGCUUUGUUAUGUGGGCUGGAACUUGGAGAGUUGGAGGUGUUCUUGCUGUUUCUCGUGCAUUUGGUGAUAGACUCUUGAAGCAGUAUGUUGUCGCGGAUCCAGAAAUCCAGGAGGAAAAAGUUGACAGUUCUCUUGAGUUUCUUAUUCUGGCCAGUGAUGGGCUAUGGGAUGUCGUCACAAAUGAGGAAGCUGUUGCUAUGAUUAAACCGAUUGGAGAUGCAGAGGAGGCAGCAAAGAGACUGAUGCAAGAAGCAUAUCAGAGAGGUAGUGCUGACAAUAUCACUUGUGUUGUUGUCCGUUUCUUGGUGAACCAAGACACUUCUUCUCAAGUAGCUCCGCAUAACCAAGGCGCUUCUUCUCAAGUAGCUCCACAUAACCAAGGUGCUUCUUCUCAGGUAGCUCCGCGUAACCAAGGCGCUUCUUCUCAAGUAGCUCCGCAUAACCAAGGCGCUUCUUCUCAAGUAGCUCCGCGUAACCAAGGUACUUCUUCUCAAGUAGCUCCUCGUAACCAAGGCACUUCUUCUCAAGUAGCUCAGCGUAACCAAGGCACUUCUUCUCAAGUAGCUCCGCGUAAUUAACUGUCCUUCGUUAGAGGAUUUGUGCAUGGGUGAAGUGGCGAAUAUCCAAACAUGUGAAAAUUGGGAAAAAAAAUAGUUUAUAUAUAAGCAAACUUGUGGUUGUGCAUUAUAUAAGAAUAUAUAGGAAAUUAACAAAUUCAAACUCAUUAUGGUCCUGAUAAAUAGAGCUGUUCUCAUUGUAUUGCUUGCAUAAGUUAUAGCUAGGAACAAAUUGAUGUGUGUAAGAAGAUUAGCCAGAAUUGUAAUUGCUACUACUGCAUAUAAACAUGGUACUGUCGUCCAUUCGACAUGUUCAUAGGGUUAGUUAUUUUAGCCGCAUACAAUGUAUACAUGAACUAUGGCUUGUAUCUGAGUAAUUAUGAGAAACAUGAUAUUGAUGUAUUUGUUCA